AGAAUAAGCCCCGCCUACCGCCUGGCUUUCCGCUUUCGCAUUAUCGGUAGGGAAUAAGAAAAUAUCACUGAUACAAGAGAAUGACGCAAAAUGUAAUAAUAACAUAUGUAUAAAAAAGUUUGUGGAAGAACUGGAGAGAACGGUUAGUGUAGUUUUAAUCCCCGUUACGAAACCUUAGAGCGAAAACCAACGCAAGUUUAUUCCUCUUUUUGCCCCGGAUUACCUCUUCCCUCGUUGUUCACGCUGGUCAGCAUUUGACCUCUUUGUAAGAGAAGUACGCUGACAAGUGUAUGUGUGCCGACUUAUUUGCGAAAAUUCGAUGACUUUUCCCGUGAACUGCUGUCGGUAAAUGACAUCAUUGUUAAGAUAAGUGACUUAACUUGGUAUUUAUCUGUGAGAAGAAAGAAUUUGACGUGACUUUCAUACUGGAAAGGGCUUUCAUUUUUCCCUCCAAAAUUCAACAUGCCUCUCCUUCGCAAGCAACCAUUCCACAAACAGAAACCGCCACCAGACCUCCACCCAGAGGAAGAAGUCUUUCACUGCAAAAUAACAAACGAAAUAUUCAGGAAUUACGAGGCCUUUUUUGAGAGGAUCAUAUUGUGCAACAGUCUGGUUUGGUCAUGCGCUAUCACAGGACGCGCUGGUAUGACAUACCAGGAGGCAGUGGAUUGCGAAGAAAGAGCCAAACGACACUUAGCCACGUUUCAGGAGAAUCUUCAAAGACCACUGCUUUUUUUAGCGACCCUCACUCAUAGAAGUCGUUUGGCCGAUCUCAACGACGACGUCUUUCUCUUUGCUAAGGAUCACUACUUCAUUGGAGAAACAGUAGAUAUCAGCAUUGGUGGGGAAAGGAAGAUUGCCCAAGUGAUAAAAAUUAUACCCUCGACAAAGAAUGAAGCGCGUUCAAAUGGUGAUGUCAUUAUUAUUGAUGAAGAUUCGGAAUCUGAUGAAGCCAGCAAAAGGUCCCUGCUUGAUCCAAACUCCUUGAUAUAUGCAGUUCAGCUAGUAGGUUCUAAGACAGCUCCUAUCACUGUCAAGGCUUCGCAAAUUAGUCGAAAGCGUGGUCUGUACACAAGAGACAAAAGUAAGCUGUUUCUGAAGCAGCACUGCGAAUCAGUCAUGGGUGUGUGGACAGUCAAGGAGGACAAAAUAAACAAAUUAGGGCUUAAGAAUGCUAAAUUUGAAGACUUCUGUGGUGGCCCAAAGCCUACAUUUGCCAUUUCUGUGGUGAAAAGAAAAAGUAAAAAGCUGACAACUGAUACAGAUGAUGCAUCCAGCUUUUCUGUGACCCCUGACAAGGCCAGUCAGUCUCAGCAUUCGUAUGCUAAGACACAAGAACCUGCUAAUACAGUCAAGCAUGAACAACCAGCUUUGACUUCAGAAGAACGCCAGGCUCAGCGAGAACAGCUGAAGCAGGAAAGGUUGGCUGAGAAGGUUGCCAAGCGUGAAGAGAUGAAACGAAAGUUAGAAGAAGAGAAACAAAAGAGAAAAGAAGAAAGGGAAAAGGAACGAGAGAAAAAACGGGAAGAACGGCGCCUGCAGAUUGAGCAGCUUAAGGAAUGGAGUCGCCCACGUGAAGACAUGGAAUGCGAUGAUCUGAAGCCACUGCCAGAUUUUGUUGAAGUGAAGACCCGUGUUCCUAAGACAGUGUUUGGUGAUGCUGUUAUGGUACUGGAGUUUGUCAAUGCUUUCAAGAAUGUCUUUGACUUCAAGCAGUUCUUCCCAAAAGGAUUCUCAUGGGCACAUCUUGAGACAGCCUUAAUGGAGGCUGACCCAGAAGGACCCCUUUGUGAUCUGCUGCAAAUGUUGCUGUGUGCUAUUUUUAACCUUCAGGAGGAGGAAGCUGAGGAGUAUCAGGAACUUGAGCGAGAAGAAUGCCACAAAGAGCCAUCAGCUCCAAACACAGGUGAAGAAGAACAAGUGGAGGAAGAAAUCAGUGUCUCCAACAGUGAAUUAAUCCGCUCAGCAACUGUUGCUGCCCAGUUUUCCCAACAGACAUUUGGUAUGCCACUGCGUGACACUCUCCUUGAUCAGUUCACACUGACAGAAGUCCUACGUCUACAUCUGUUGUCUUCAGGAGCACGUGCCAGCUCCAAAAAUGCUCGCUUUCGGUAUCAACAACGGGGUGGCUACUCAUCUUUAGAUGACCCUGGGAUAGAACUGAGAAAGCAAGAUCCCACUCUAGUGAAAAAAUUGCAAACUGGCAAUGUUUUCGACCUCUCACCAGGGGAAAAAGUUCGGCUGCUGGUGGCUCUAGUUCAGCAAGUCUCCACGUAUGCAGCUGUGCGUGAUAUAAUGGAGGAGAACUUUGAAAAGUUACGAUUGCGCAAGUAUGAUCUCAAACAAAUGCAGUGGGCAGAACAGAGGCGAGAACGAGAAGAAACAGCUGCCAAGUAUCGACGUUUGAUGGAGGAACGUCUUAAGGAACGAGAAAAACGUUUGCAACAGACAGCUAAGGCAUCUGAACAGUUAAGCACAGCAUCACCUAACUCUGAGAAGAACUUGCAGAACAUGGUCAGCUCACCUGGCCUUGAGUCACUGGUAGCUGAGGAGCGAGAGAAGUUAGAAGCCAAAGAGCGUGAUGAGGAAGCAGGAAAAAAGGCUGCCUUUGCACAAAAGGAACUUGAUAUGUUGCAGCAGAUUUUUGAACUGCAGCGCUGUAACGCCUUGUAUCCUCUUGGGCGUGACCGCCUGUACCGACGCUUCUGGCUGAUCGGGUCCUUGCCUGCUAUCCUUGUGGAGGACAAUGAACUCUUUGCAGGCAAUCUUUGUUCUUCAGCGGAAGAACGGGGCCACUCCAUGCCUCAGCUGACACGGCAUGAUGAGGGGAACACUAGCAGUGAUAAAGAGAAUGAUUUAACCGCUGUUGCCACAAAAGAAGCUGAGAAGGCCACUACUCUGCCUGGUGCUAAGGCUAAGGAAGACUGUAUUGUCAUCAGUGAUGAGGAAGCUGAAGGCUGUGCUGGAAAAACUAAAACCACAGACAUGGAUGAACCCCCUCAGCUAGACAUAGGUCAGUCUUUGAGUCAGCAGGCUGCCCGCUGGUAUCUGCUGAACUCACGGUCAUGCCUUGACCAUCUUAUGGUGUCUCUUAAUCUGCGUGGAUUCCGUGAGAGUUCUUUACAUGCAGCACUCCAAGACAUGCGUCCCUUGGUGAACCUUAUUAUUGACAGCUGCCCUAAAGACCAACUGUGUUUGGGAUGUAAAGAAAUGGGUGAAAGAACAACAGAUCAAACUGCACCUCGAUCAUCAGCUCGAAAAGUACAAGGGCAGCCAGCCACUAAUGAGGCUAGCAGGGCCAUGGAGGUAACCUUACGUGACCUGCUUCUCGACUUGGAUGACAGAAUAUUUGCUGGCAGCCUUGGAGCACUCAAGGUUAAAGAUAGAACAACAUGGCGAGAAGCAUUGGAAAAAGGUCACUAUAACCCUCAGACAGAUGAUGCCACUUUUGCACAAGAUGUCCCGGAAGCAGACAACCCUGUGGCAGUGGAGCCUGCAGCAAGGGAUUUAGGGAGAGCCCUUGUUCAGAUUGCACGAGGCAUUGAACCACGCUUUCUUUCUGCUCCAUUAGAGGAUGGUGCUGGAGAGGGAAAUCGCAGUCGAGUUUAUGAGCGCUGGGAGGAGUCAUCACUAGCGGUAUCAAAUCUUUCACAGGUGUUUUUACACCUCGCUACUCUUGAUCGUAGUGUCAAGUGGGACCGUUCUGCACUACUGGCUCGCUGCCGAAUAUGUCGCCGUAAAGGAGAUGCAGAUAAAAUGCUACUUUGUGAUGGAUGUGAUCGGGGACACCACAUGUAUUGUUUGAAGCCACCCAUGACGAAAGUCCCCCCAGGUGACUGGUUUUGCUCAGAUUGCCGUCCAAAGGAACCACGGCCUAGUCCACGUAAAAAUCGUCGACGGACCUUUAGUGAGGUUUCUGAUGAAGAGUCGGACCAUGAUGCUUUGAGCUUGGAGGAGACUUUACAGGAGGCUAGCGAUGAAGAAGAGGCAGUGGACACUGAAUCUAAUGUCGACAAAGAUGAGGAGGAAGAGGAUGAAGAGGAAAAUGAAGAUGUGUGUGCCGUGUGUCACAAUGAUGGCAAACUUAUUUUGUGUGAUGUAUGUCCACGUUCAUACCAUCUGCACUGUGCCAAGCCACAGCUGAAAAAAGUCCCUCGAGGCAAAUGGAUGUGCCAGGUUUGUGUGGGUGGAGAUCGUGCUGGCAAAAUCCACUUUCCUAAACCCCAGCGGCUAACAAAGAGCAUGGAGAAGAAGGACAAGAAGACACCCAGUACUAAAUCUAGCAAAUCCAAUCACCUCGGAUCCCGAAGAGAAAGUCCUGCCCCAAGUCCUCGUGAUAGUCCCACUCCCUUUCAUACCAGUCGAGGAAGGAAAGGAGAUCAUGUUGACAAGGAGCUCACCUCAAAAAUUAGAGGUCGAGAUGGAAAAAUUGCUCCGAGACACAAAUCAGUGGCUGAGAAGGACAUUACUCCAAAAUCUCGUAGCCAGGAGAAAGAAGCAGCAAUGAAACUAAAGCGAGGCUCUUCAGCAUCUCGCCUAUCCCAGGAGUCUAGUGAUUUUGAGACAAACAUGAAGCAGUAUACCAGCAGCAAGAGAGGAAACAGCCAGGUACAGCAGAUGCGAACAUGUGAGGAACUUUUGCAAGAGUUAAUUCGUCAUGAAGAUGCCUGGCCUUUCCUGAAACCUGUUGACAAGAGAUUGGUCCCUGACUAUUACGAUGUCAUCACUAGGCCAAUGGACCUAUCCACCAUAAGGAAUGGUGUACACAGUUUUCGAUACAGCACUCCAGGAGAACUAUUAGCUGAUGUCCGUCUUAUCUUCAGCAACUGUGUGGAGUAUAAUGCCCGGACCACUCCUGAAUACCGUGCAGGCCAGAGUUUGGCCAAGUUUUUUCAAACACGUGUUCGUGAAUUAGGCAUUCAUGCUGAAAGUGAUGCUACACCCUCUGCAGCCAAAAAGCUCCGAAGGUAGAAUUUUUAGAUCGUAGCAAUGAGUGUUACUCCAUGAUGGAGUAUACAUGGCAACAAUAUGAGAGAUAAUACUAUGGCCUGAAUAAUGUUCAUAUGAACUUCACAACUUGAGUUUUCAUUUUCUUGCCUCUGUGGGUGUCAGAGUGGCGAAACCAGCUUUCUAAAACAAAGUUAAAAUACAAACUGUCAAUACUUCCUGAUCUAUUGACUUUGAAGGUUGUUUUUGAUGCCUACCAAUAUUCCUCAUCUUCUGGAUUACUGUGCAUCAAAAGGUGUUUUUUUCUGACUUGCCUCAGAGCUGACAGUUACAGUUCAUCAAGUGGUGUCUUGCUCUGACUAUACCACAUCAAGUGGUGUUUUGCUCUGACUUGCCUCAGAGCUGAUGCACUGAGGGAAGCCUAAACCUGAGCUCAUCUUCCCAUGACCUCUGUGAUGUUUUGACUGGAUCUUGUAGUGGGCUUUCAGUGAACCUUGCAGCCACUGCCAGAUGUGCCCAGGCAUCUUAGUUAAAUGAAAGACUAUAUGAUAAAGAAAGAAGCAUUGAAGUAAAAAAAAGUGUCCACAUAGUGAUAUACACAGAUGCCACAGGUUGCUUUUCUUUGUGAAAAUGGUGCUUACCAUACAAGAUGUUGGUUGCUAGCGUGCCAAUAGCUUACUGCGUGUCCUAUAGGAUGUGAUGUAGAUUGGGAGGCAUGUGCUAGGGAGGUAACCCUGACAGGAAAGCAGUAACCUCUCAUGACUGACCUUGAUGCUCUUACCACAUAGACACUGACAAACAUGUCAAGUCCUUGCAAGUUAGGUGUAACAUAAGAACUAUUGUUGUCAGGGUGUGGAAUGGUAAUUCAGAUGAUGGGUGAAAGUAUGUAUCUGUCAUGUUUUCCUUCACUCACUUUUUAUUCUAAAUCAAGAAUUGGCAACAAAAAGGUUUUUGCUGAGAACUGCUACAUUUAUAAUUAACCUUCGGCCAACACAGGUUUUUACUAAAACUAACAAAACUAAUUUUCAGAAAUAUUUUUAUUCCACUUUCAUGGAAUAUCUUUUUCAUUUUAUUUAAUUUGGUGCAAAAAAAUUAAAUCAUCUAAUUGAUACACUGCCAUGUUCUUCCUUGAUGCACAUGUUCUCUAAAUGGUACAUCACAUUCCACUUAAGAGCACACCUGUUAUGAGAACAAACCAUUUUGCAAGCUUAAUAUUAGCAUUGCGUUUUAAUUCCAUCCUUACCCCUUUGUUUUCUGUCAGGUCUGUUUUUAAAAUCAACAAGUGUAGGGUCAUGCUGUAAGCUUGUGUAUAUAUCAUUUGUAUAUCUUGUACAUCAUUGCCUACAGGUAUCAAUGUUGGCACUUUGAAAGUUUACAAAAUAAAGAGACCCAUAACAUUCAGUCUGAUGGCAAUGAGGUGUUAAAGCCCUUGCUUAUCUCGGGGCCAGUUUUUUAUGAUGGCAGUGCCCAUCUCCUCUCCUUUAGUUUAAUUCUUUUGCCAACCUUUCACACAAUUACCUUCUCUACACACAUUUUACAGUCAGCUACUUAUUUAUUCUACACACGUUUUACAGGCAGUGACCUUCUCCACAUACAUAUCAAAUAGACAAGUGUGUUCAUCUUCUGCUUCAGAUCUCAUUGUCAUAUCCACUAGGCGCUCUGCUGUCCCUUUAAAUAGUGGCCUGUAAGUGAUAGAGAUACUUUGUGGAUGUCUGAUCGUGUUGCACUGACUUGACUAUAUUUGAUGAGUACCUGUGCUGUUCUAAAAGUAGAUCCACACUAUCUUGCUAGAACAGUUGUUUGUAGUUUGCUGAAACUAGUCUUUAUGUAAGUAGAAGACAACUAUAAUUCGCACUAAUAAAAGAAGAGCAAUUUUUAGGGUUAAAAAAAAAUCUAUGAGCUUGAGAUUAUUUUUCUUUUUGUAUGUGGGUUGUGAAAUAGAUCUUUUCCUGGUCAAGAAUCUAAGCAUAAAAUGUGUCGCAGGAAAUUGUUAACAAACAAAAAAAAAAAAUCGCAUUACCAACAACCAGUAAAUAUAUCGUAAAAUAAAAUCUGAAAUGUUACCUAA